GAACUUGUGCUGAGGCGACGCCUACGGUAACAUUACUUCGCCUCGUUACUCUUCCCCUUCACCCUCACCGGUCUAUUAAUCCGCACACAGACGUCGAGGUGAAAGGCGAGUAGCCGGCUCGGCGUUAAGGCCUUCGCACUGAGCCCGUUCGGAAUUCUCAUACCAGGCGGACCAGAUCUGCGCAAGGCGCCUUUUGUCUCUCAAGUCAAAGGUCGUCGUCGUUGUCGAGAAGCCUAGCUUUCGCUAGCUCGUCGUCAAACACCCGGCAUUUCAACCAAAGAUGGCCCCGGAAAGAACGCGAAACGGAAGAACAGUUGCAUCCGAACUAGUCGCCGAAGAUGUAGUUCAAGCGUUAUACGCGAGUCCGCAACUCCGGAGAAUCUGUAAAGUCGUCGUAAUUAUCGUCUGCCCUAACUUUCGUUCGAAGAACAGCACCUUGAAGUUAACUCAAAGGUUUUGGUACCGGCUCGCACGAAUUUGGAUACGUGCCGAGCGAUGCUUGUUGGCCUCGUGGUUGGCCUUUCCGUUCUCGGAUACGGCGAUGGUCGCGCCGUUCAUCGCGUAUGAUGCAUCAGUCGACAAAGAUAGAGCCUUCAAUCUUGAUAGUCGUAUCACGGGCGACCGUGUCCCCCUCCUCUUGCUGUUAUCGUGUUCCGAGCAUCGAACAGUAAGCGGGUAUGGCCAGUCGCGCAUUACAUAUCGCGGGGAAAGAAAGCUCAAGCGAAAAGUUCGGACUUGUACAGAUCGCAGGCGAACGUGUCCUCCGCUUUUAGAGUAUUCCAAGCUCCUGUGUCUACCUCCCACUCUUGUCCCGUGCCCCUGCCUCCGCCUCUUUUUCACGCAGUAUAUGAAUGACGCCUGACGUAAUAGCAACCUGGUAGAUCUUGUCUGUAGUCGAAUCAGCUAGAUGACGAUUCGGCGGAGUGGAGGGUUCUA